ACUUGGCCAGUCCUCCAAAUUUUGCAAAAAUCGCGUUGUCUUUUUUAUCAUCCAAAUACUAGAGAACUACAAAACUCGUAGUAUAUUUAUUGAAUGUCAAGUUCACAAGAACUAACCUACAGAACGCAAAACUAAGCAGCCAAUUAAUAAUAUGAGAUUAUUUAAAAAAAGUAGAUUUAAUUUUUUUAUCGCAAUUUAAAUGUUUGUCCCCAUAUUUUUGCUUAUAUGUUACAAUUUUGUAUGUUACCACAAUUUCACCUCUAAUUAAGGUAAAACAUUUUGGUAAUAUUUUGUAUCGAUACUGGCAACACUUAAGUGUCCAUAGACAAAAAGAAAAAAAAACGCCAUUUUGUUUACUGUGGUGGGUUUGACAAAAAGUGAGUGCAGGUGUGUGUCGUCAUUCGGGAUUUAUUCGAUUUCAAAGAUGCCGAUGACUGCAGCUGAAAAGCAAAAAAAAUAUCGGGAAAGGCUGAAAAAUCAAAACCCAGAGAAGUUAGAAGAAAUAAAAAAGAAGGCUAAAGAAAGAUCUGCACAAUACUACGAGAAAAAAAAGAGUACAUACACCGAAGAAGACAAAGAAAAAUUACGGCAAAAAUGGAAAGAAGAUCGAAAAAGAGCAAAAGAUGCAGCCCGGAAUGAUCCCUCAACAUCACAAGCUUCAAUUAAGCUACAAGAAAACAACUCGAUUCACCAUUCCGAAGGCAAUGCUAGUGAUCAUAGCAGAGAAAGUAGUCCAGUUCCAAACCAGAGGGUCACAAACAUUAAAAGACCGCGUUUGGAAAUGACGGAAAUGGAACCUUCAUCAGUUUCUAUAAAAAGGAAAUCUUUAAAAUAUGAAGAGACAGUAGCACCUAAAUUGUCUUUAGAUCACUCAAAAAUAUCCUCAAAGUAUGACGAUGAGGAUGAGUUUGAUGUAUUUGGCCGCAACGUGGCCUUGCAACUUAAGAAACUUCCAUUAAUAUACGCUUUGGAGAGCCAGGAGUUGAUCCAAAGGGUACUUAAAGAACAAAGAAUCAAAGCCAUAAAGAAGAAAUCGUCUAAAUCGCAAUACAAAACUUAUACAGUGGUAGAACCUUCGUCCAGCGACGACAGAGAUGACCCGCUUGUAAUGAAAACGGAAUAUUUUGAUGAAUCAAAAAAAAAUUCGCUUAGACAUCAUUGUGUAAGUUAAAAUAAACUGCAUAUACAACGAUAGUAAAUUUUAAAACAAAAGAAAAUGUUUU